CUGCACUUUCACCUUUACCCGAACUUAAGAGCCUCCUCCCUCACGCUCCCUUCUCUACUGGUAAUCAAAAGCAACAGAAACAACAACAACAACUACUACUCCUCACAUGAAUAUAUCAACUGAUCAACGCUCCUACUUUGCUCUCCCGACCUAUCCCCGAAACCCUUCCCCCCCAAAGCGGCCGCUGUCCGCAUCCCCACCUGGAACUCCCUCCCCGCCUAGAACACCCCCAGUCGUUCCAGCAUGGACCCCGAUCAACGAACCUCCCUCUUUACCUUCAUCCCCAUCCCCAUCCCCUAAGCCCUCGGAUAACGAUACGGAAGUAGAACACCUCUCGCCGAAAGCAAUCCACCGUCGUGGGAACCACUCCCGGCGGUUUCAGUUAUUACAACAAUCCUGCACAGAACCUUGCAUUGAUCUUCGACCCCUCUGGAGUAUAGGCCUCGACCUCCUCCUCCGGAUACCCACCACUACCGCUCCCACCAACGCGAACACUGAAAAGGCGAUUGAAUACCUGAACCGCUUAAUCCUAUUCUACCCAUACCGUCCCCGCAUCCACGCCCACCACCCUGCGAUAAUUUCCGCCGCUAGAAGGAAAGAAGGAGACAUUGGACGUACAGGUCCUGCGUCCGCGUUGGAGUUCUACCCUGCACUGUUUCGGUUGCGUGUUAUGCAGCCAGAAGGCCUUGAGAAGGUUCGGGAGGAGAUUGAGGAGCUGAUGCUGACACCGCCGUGGCCGGAUAUGGUUGGUUUAUGGUUGAUGAAGGGUAUGGUGUUGAACGCGCUUGCGGAGGAGGAGAGGGAUCUGGGGAGGAAGGAACAAUUGAGGACAGGCGCUGAAGAGUGUUUUGAUGAGGUGAGGGAGAAGGGUGGGAAGGUUCCCGAGGAGGCGGUUUGGGAGGAAGGGAUGGACAAUGUUGAGGUGGUGGAAGGAUUUUCCUCUGACGAGGAUGAGAUUCUGGAUGGUGAUGACUACGAUGAGAGAAUGGACGAUUCCGGGUGAGUUGUAGUAUUCACGACCGGUGCUUGAUAUCCAAACUGUCUUCGGUAUGCUACAUGCUUGAUAUUUACCCCCAUGUAAUCCCGAACAACUGCCACAGCAACGUUAUCGUAGAUAUCAUAAUAUUAUGAUACCCAAACAAGUUCAUUUUCAGCUAUGGUACGCAUUAUGCUUAAGAAACUGUGAACCAUAAUAUUAUGAUACAAACGAUCACUCGAUCACAUGCCGACCGACCCUUACCACUCACAAGCAACCAAUGGCAACGUGGGGAAAAAAAAGAAACAGCAUUUCAGUCCACAGAGCAAGCAGUCUGAUGAUCCGCAACCCCGACGAUCAACCACUCUCGGUAGAUUAACCCCGCUCCCCGCUGGGAAUGACGGGCAAGCAAACGUCCAAUCGAACACCACUCGCUCACAAGAUGGGAAGGAGGGGAUGACAAAUUUGGCGAACUUGGGGUUUUAGGGGGGGUCGCUUAGGGGACGGGGUUGUGGGAGUAGAGGAGGGCGUUGCCUUGGGUUUGGUAUCAUGUACUCGUAUAGCAAAGGGCUUUCAUAGGGCCUCACUCUCAUGCUUCA